UCCGCAAGACUGGCACCAGCAGAAAUGCAGUCCCAAAGGACCCCUGGGAGGAAGCGAGGCCGACCCCCACUUCACCCUGCACCCCCGAAGAUGCCAGUUCAUAACCUUUAUCCCGCCGCGCCUUGUUGCUUGCCAGCAGGGAAGACCCCAAAGAAAAGAGGGCGGAAGCCGGGGUACAAGCUGAAGCCUCGGGUUCUCAUGACUCCUUUAGGCCUCUCCCCUCCAUGGAGCACCCCUGAGCCUGACCUCAGCAACAUCCCUCAGGAUGCAGCCACCAUACCCAGCUUGGCAGCCCCACAGCCUCUCACAGUCUGCCUGUACAUCAACAAGCAAGUCAACGCAGGGCCGUACCUGGAGAGGAGGAAGGUGCAGCAGCUCCCGGAACACUUCGGGCCUGAGAGACCGUCGGCGGUCCUGCAGCAGGCCGUGCAGGCCUGCAUUGACUGUGCCCACCAGCAGAAGCUGGUCUUCUCCCUGGUCAUGCAGGGCUAUGGCGGCGAGAUAGUGCCCGUCUCGGCCUCCUUCGAUGGGAAACAGCACCUGCGGAGUCUGCCCGUGGUCAACAGCAUCGGGUAUGUCCUUCGCUUCCUGGCCAAGCUGUGCAGAAGUCUCCUGUGUGAUGACCUCUUCAGCCACCAGCCCAUCCCCAAGGGCUCCAGUGCCUCUGAGCAAGCCCCGGAGACUGUGGAUGGGAGGACAGAAACGACGCCCAGGGAGGAGCGCCUGCAGAACCCUGUCGGCAUGAACCGCUGCAGUGUGGACCCCAAUGCCGCCGCCGCCGCCUUUAACCACAGGGGCUCCUGGCAGCCCCCCUCUUCCUCGAUGUCCUUCAAGAGACAGAACUCUGGAGAGAGCCGCAUGAGGGGAGGCCCCGCCACCACCUGCAGUGGUGUCUGCACAAGCCUCCUGACCGCUGCAGGCCCCUCGGCGUCGGGGCUGAGGCCCCCAGCGUCCAGCCCCAAGAGAGACGGGGCGGCUCUGGAAGGAAGCAGAUGUGCCUCCAGUCCUUCUCCAGACGGCCAGGAUGCCCGGCGGCCCAGAAGCAGGAACCCCGCCACCUGGACAGUGGAGGAUGUGGUCCGGUUCGUGAAAGACGCUGACCCGCAGGCUCUUGGGCCUCACGUGGAGCUCUUCAGAAAGCAUGAGAUCGACGGCCAUGCACUCCUGUUGUUGAAGAGCGACAUGGUCAUGAAAUACCUUGGCCUGAAGCUGGGGCCUGCGUUGAAACUCUGCUACCACAUCGAGAAGUUGAAGCAAACCAAGUUCUGAAGUUCUUAAAGAUGGAGACAGAAAUCCAAGACUACGCUGGAGAAGUCAUUUUCUGCUUUACCAUUAGGGGAUUCUCCUCUCGAAGGGAGCAGCCACCGGGUCUUGACCUUUUUAAAAACAAACAAAAAACACUCGUGCAUC